AUGUACGGACUCAAUCCCUUCGACGCGUGGAACAUGGGCAAUGGCCAAUCGAGCGAGAACAAUCCCUGGAGCGGCUCGCAGUCUCCUUCGGUAUAUGGCGCGUUGCCUUGGCCGGGUAGCCCGCCAGCAAGCGGCGGGUCGCUCGGCGACAUCGUCACGUUCAAGUUCACCUACUUCAACCCGACGAUCUUGAACUGCAAGGUCGUCGGCCCGCAUGAUAAGACAGGCUUUGAGAUUAACACCGAGGCCUCCUCGCCGGCUUACACGGUCUUCAAGGAUGGGACCGGAACAGUGUUCGCGCUCAUCGAUUGGUCGGGCAGCCGACCCCACGUCGAGGCACUUGGGUCCAUCCCGAAACAGCCAGUGGCUAGCUGGAUGAGGUUGACGCCUGACAGAGGCUCUAGGAUCAUGAUCGUCGAUGGGGCCUCGUACUCGUGGACACCAUCAGGCAGAUUCGUCCACCUUACUUUGACUAACUCCAGUACCUUGCUGGCUCGCAUCUACAAGACGCACGAUUCAGUGUACCUCGAGAUCACACCUAGCGGCAUCCAACUUGGGCUGCUCAACGUCUCUGUAUUGGCAACCACUCUACUGCAGAGUGGGAAGAGCAUUGACUGAUUAAGGGGCAACAAUCAACUGUGUCCCACUCAAUUAGACCUGUUAUUAUUUAAUUUAACUUCUAGACGUCCCGAUAUCCCUCUUGCAGGCCUAUUGUUGAUCAAUGGCGCGCAUAACCUAUAGAGAUAUGUAUAUAAUUCCU